AUGGAGUCCUCAGCGGCCCAGGUGAAGGUCAACUUCACGACGACGCACGAAGAUCUCCAGUUGGACGAGAGCAAGAGGCAGUUGAUUGUGCCCGCAGACAUCAAGCGUUAUGGUCUCUCAAGGAUAUUGAACUCCGAGUCGAUGCUCAACACGUCGUCGCCCGUACCCCUCGACUUCCUCGUCAACGGAACCUUCCUGCGAACCACAAUCGAAGAAUACCUUAAGGAGAACGGCCUCUCGCUCGAGACGACCAUCACCCUGCAGUACGUCCGCAGUCUGCUGCCCCCCGUCUACGAGGCCUCGUUCGAGCAUGACGACUGGGUCGCUGCCGUCGACGUUCUUUCGGCCACCUCGGCCGCGGGCCGCUGGUCCGGCGACGCCCUCGCCCAGGGCCAGGACCGCAUCCUCUCGGCCAGCUACGACGGCCUCGUCCGCGUCUGGGAUGGCUCCGGCCAGUGCCUGGCGACGUCCCCCUCGGCCCGCGCCGGCGGCCACGCCAAGCUCCUGACGGACGCAAAGUUCCUCUCCUCGUCGCAGAUCGCCUCCGUCGGGCUGGACCAGAAGGUCCUCGUCUGGAAGUACACCGAGUUGGCCGACCGCUUCUCGGGUGAGCUCAAGCCCACGCUCGAGCUGCACGGCCACAAGAAGAUGAUCAACUCGCUCGACGUCCACGGCCCCUCCAAGAAGCUCCUGACGGCCUCGGCCGACGGCCGCGUCGGCCUCUGGCUGGCGUCCAAGAAGGGCAGCCCGGACGUCGACGCCGAAGACAUCCCCGCCACGCACGCCAGCAGCGUCAAGCGCGCCAAGCUCUCCAACUCGUCCGUCACGGUGCCUCAGAAGGGUGCCCUCGCCAUGAUCCCCGCCCACGCCGACGCCUCCGUCACCGGCGCCGCCUUCCACCCCACCGACGCGACUGUCGCCUACUCCGUCUCGGCCGACCACACCCUCCGCACCCUCGACCUGACCACCGCCUCCGUCGUCUCGACCCUGACGACCCUCCACCCUCUCCUCUGUCUGGCGCCCAUGCCGCGCAACUCGUCCCUCGUCGCCGCGGGCUCCGCCGCCCGCCACGUCGCCCUCCUCGACCCCCGCGCCUCGGCCUCGGCCACCUCGGUCCUCACUCUCCGCGGACACACCAACAUGGUCUCGGCUCUCGCCCCUUCCCCGGACAACGACUACAGUCUGGCCUCGGCCUCGCACGACGGCACCGUCAAGAUCUGGGACCUGCGGAGCGUGCGGCCCGCCACCAAGGACGAGGGCGGCGGCAGCGCCAGCGAGGCCGUCUACAGCAUCGGCAGGGAGUGGCUUAAGGGCAAGAAGGUGCCCGCCGGCGGCGAGGGCGCAAAGGUGUUUGGCCUCGCAUGGGACCAGACGUGGGGCAUCGUCAGCGGUGGCGAGGACAAGAAGGUACAGAUCAACAGAGGGAGAGAUCUCGUUGCUUCCUCGUAA